UACAGUAGUCUGCCUGACACAUUAUUUACACCAGUUAUGGCAGGAGCCCUGGUUUCAUUUGUUUCUGUCCUCCUAUUGCGUUUUUCUCUUCGAAGAACACACCAUGUCGCACCUUAUGACCAAGCCAUAUGAGGAGCAAUAAUCCAUGUGCAUAAUAAAUGAAACUACAUGCACGAACAGCGGACACUGUAGUGAGUUUGAACAAAAGACACACCGGAGCGGCGAGGUUUCUCUCAUUGGAUGGACCAUGAUGAGUAACUCUUUUUCUUACUGUAACUUUACGACUUCAGCUACAUGAAUGGACCAUCGCAUUGACUUUUCAUUGCCACGAGAAUGUGCGGUUAAGGAUGGGGAAACCUGUUGUUUUAUUGUGGGCAUAUGGACAGCAUCCAAGACUUAGUUGUUGGCCCUGAGACGGUAACUCCAUGCCAGAUGUCAACAUCAGCGAUUCCCUGUUGUGAAGAAGAAUGACUUUUGCUCCACAGCUUAACUCUGCGUCGCUCUGUGGAAGAUGAACCACUCCUGUCUCUCCCAGACCAGUGACACCACCAAUGUGACAGCAGAUCCACUGGGGGGCCAUGAGAUAUGGGAGGUGGUGGUGAUUGUACUCAUCACAGGGCCUCUCUCCCUGGUCACUAUCAUAGGUAACCUGCUGGUGGUGAUCUCCUUCCGGGUCAACAGGCAGCUGCGCACCUUCAGCAAUUACUUUCUGCUGAGCUUGGCGGUUGCGGACCUGAUCCUGGGAGCAGUCUCUAUGAACCUCUACGCUGUUUACAUUAUCAUGGGACGCUGGACCCUGGGCAGCCUUGCCUGUGACGUCUGGCUGGCUGUGGAUUAUGUAGCCAGCAACGCCUCCGUCAUGAACCUGCUGGUCAUCAGCUUUGACCGCUUCUACUCCAUCACCAGACCUCUCACCUACCGGGCAAAGCGCACCACACGCCGGGCAGCCGCAGCCAUCGGCCUGGCCUGGGCCGUUUCCUUCAUCCUUUGGGGGCCAGCCAUCCUGUUCUGGCCCCAUGUAGUGGGCAGGAAAGCACAGGACGCGGGUGAAUGCUCUAUCCCAUUCCUGACCGAGCCUGCUCUCACAUUCGGCACGGCCAUCGCUGCCUUCUACCUUCCUGUCACCAUCAUGGGAAUCCUGUACUGGAAGAUCUACUGGGAGAUCGAGAAGCGAGCCCAGGGUCUGGAGGGGCUAAUGGGGUCUGGGAGCAGUGAGGGGGCCUCCCAGGUGUCUGGGCGAAGGGAUGUCUACUCCAGCAGCACCAAGAGCAGUGUGAGCAGCUCCAGAGAGGUGCCUGUGGGCAGGGAGCAGAGCAGUGAGGUGUCCCAGGGCUGCUUCCCUGUGAGAGAGGAGCCUAAACAGAGCAGUGAGAGGAGAAUAGCAAUACUGUCAUUGUCUCCCACCAAGGGGGCCUACAGGGAGGGCUGCAGAGACAGCACCUGUAACAUAGAUGAGGAAGAGCCUACUGUCUCCCUUUCCUCCUCAGAGGAAGAACCAGAGCAGACGCAGCAGGGGGCGAGCGCUAAGACAAGCCUUAAAGCCAUGAUCCCACUCAGAGAUGCCCAGGGCAGAAACACCGUAGGGGCCAUCAAACCCCUGACAUCCAGGGCAGAGGACAGUACAGCAGGGCCACAGGGCAGGCAGCCCCCCCUAAGGGGCUCCACAUCAGACUCCAGACGCCACAAGCAGCCCAAAGCCAAGAGGAGGAGGAACACAAUUGUCAAAGAGAAGAAGGCAGCCAGGACCCUGUGUGCCAUCCUGCUGGCUUUCAUCCUGACCUGGACGCCGUACAACAUCAUGGUGCUGGUGUCCGUCUCCUACUGCGUGCCCGAGAAGCUGUGGCAGCUUGGCUACUGGCUCUGCUACAUCAACAGCACCGUCAACCCAGUCUGCUACGCCCUCUGCAACGAGCACUUCAGAGUCACCUUUAAGACGCUGCUGCUCUGCAGGCCGGGACAGAGGAACUGGGGAAUGGCUUAUAACGCCAACCAUGCCUCCUUCAGGACACACAAGACCAGCAGUACUGUCUGAACUUCUUCAAAGCUAGACACUACCCUCUAGCUUAAGAAGAGUCAGACCUGCCCUAGUAAAAGACAAUCCAUGCAAGGGGAUGAUUUGUUUGAAGAAGGCAGAGGAAUUGCUUUUUGACUGUUCGGUAAAAAGGAAAAAGAAACAGACAUGCUAAGUAUGAUGGGCAUUGACAUGCAUAACAGUCAAUAGCAGAAAACCUACGCUGGGUAUUGCCUCAAAGUAGUCUUUCUUAAGAACAUUCCAUUGCAUAGAUCUAUGAUAAUCAUGCAGUCUGUUUUUGCCCAUGACUGUCUUCAAACCUUCCUUCCUCACCCUCCCCUUCAGUUGCUCUCCAUGGAGCUGUUGGACUGCCCGUUUUGACUUCGGGCCAGAGCCAUGAAAUGGCUUCUGUUUAUGACAUGUUUAUUGAAACAGGGUUAUGAAUUGGUCCAUAUGCCUCAAUGUUAAAUCACCACCAGGAACUUGCAAUAGAAAAAGGUAAAAAUAUAACAGACACUAAGAUUCCAUCACUGAUACUGUAGUGCUUCAGUGAUCCUGAAUGCACACUGCUGCAAUAGAGAAAAGAGGACAUGGCACCAAAUACAGCCAGUGACAAAUAUUUUAUUUUCCUGGGGGAAAAAAAAAAAGACAAAACCUUCUACCAUAAAGGCAAUAUUCAUUCACAACUCAAAUAAAGUCCCAAAACUGUUCUACAUCAACUGAAUCAAUAUCAUUGCUGAAUAUGACGGCAAAACAAAAACCGUUAUGUUCCUGGAAACCGCCUCUAAACAAACACCCCAAAAAGUGUCAUGAGAAAUACUUGUUUAACGCUUUAGUAUUUGUUAGUUGGCUAUUGAUAUAACAUGAUAGUAUAGCUAAAUUAUAUUACACAACUUCCCUUUACACUUUGAUCAAUUCAAAUCGGAGCAUACCAUUAGCACACAUUAUCAUGCACUUGCUUGACUGUUUUGCCUUUCUUACCAUGUCUGUCAAUGUAUCCUGUGUUUUUUACUGUCACUGGUUAAGGUAAAAACAUCUUCGCUAAUUGUAAUUAGUGUAAUUUGUGUGCCAGACCUGUGGAGAGCAUUGUGCCCAGCUUUGGGGGAGAAGAGCAUUGAGAAAAUACAAGGGAAAAAAACAGGUGUUCCCUUUCCAUGAGACAAACAACUCAGACAUGCAAUUGAUUCAGAAAUGUGCCUUUAAGGUUCACCUUAGAAUCGCUUUGUGCCCAUCUUACAAAUGAUAUAAAUGUAGACCUAUAUAUGACAAUGUCAAUACAUUUUUCCUCGAAGGAAAAUGCUACAGUAUAGCAAAUGCAGGUGCACACACCAGUCUGCAGUUUGUGUUAACACACCACUGUCUGACUAGAUCCUCCGAUGGCUCCCCCAUCAUUCCAAUAACAUUAUCCCCCUGACAGUCCCUGUAGCACUUGUAUUGCUCAUUACUGCCCUCCUGUGGCUAUAACUGAAUGGGAGUGUAGAUCAGUUAUGGGAAGGGAAACAAAGUCCUGUGCUCGGUAGCCAUUUCCCAACACAUAACAAGGGGUCGGGUUCAGGACUAGUGCAGCUCUCUAGGACCUGUGUUGCCUACCAAUGGAAUAUUUAACUAUUGUUGGUAAAAUGCUGGCUGUCGGUAUACAGUCAUGGCCAAAAGUUUUGAGAAUGACACAAAUAUUAAUGUUCACAAUGUCUGCUGCCUCAGUUUGUAUGAUGGCAAUUUGCAUAUACUCCAGAAUGUUAUGAAGA